AUGAUGAUGCGUCGACAAAUAACGUCCAAAUCCCCAUGUCUAUUUCAAGCCUCCGGUGAAGGCUUUCAUGAUAGAUUUUACAAGAAAACUAGCUCCCUCUCUACUACGCCCUUCCGACAAGAGCGUUUGCGAAAUUCAUUAUCACGUGUCGGUUUUACGAAAGCUUGCUCAUUUGGUGGAGGAAUGGCUCGAGCUUUUGUUGAACUUAAGAGCCCAAAGAAAGCUGAGCAUCGAGUGAUUCAAAAGCUGGACGAAUCGAAGUCGACAGACUCAUCUAGUUCCGAGGCCCACGAUAAGAAGCAUGAAAUUAAGACAAGAGCUAUCAAAUCCGAAUUUUUAGCCAUCUUGCAAGAUUUUUCGUUAAAAGAUAUCCCAAAGGAGUCUUUAAAUGUUGGGGCUGCAGGAGUAGUCCCCUUCGCCGCUACAUGCGGAUCCACCAGCUAUCUCGCGUGGGAAAUACAUCAUGUUGGUACUACUAACAGUGGGUUCUUAUUUUCUACAGAAACAGCACAGUAUCUAUUGGAAACUAUGUCUACUAUUCAAAUUGGAUACGGCGCACUCAUAAUAUCGUGUCUUGGAGCAAUUCACAUGGGCUUCGAGUACGCUGAAUAUGGAGGCAAGCAGGGCUAUAGACGAUUGAUUUACGGAGUAAUUGCCCCACUUAUGGCAUUGCCUACUCUUUUAAUGCCCGUUGAAGCCGCGCUCAUCUCACAAUUUCUUGCCCUUAAUUUCAUGUACUUUGCGGAUUUUCGUGCUACAGUGAGAGGCUGGUUUCCACCAUGGUACUCAAUCUACAGAUUUUUCCUAACAUUCUGCGCUGGUGGCUCUAUAGUAUUAAGUCUAAUUGGCAGAGGACAUUUUGCCGGUUAA